AUGAACAGAGAAGACGACGAACGAACGCGACCACCAGAACGGCAGCUGCCACUCCUGGAGGGGGGAAGAGAUGAUGGGGAUGAGGGAGAUGAUGUAGAUGCGCUGCGGCGAGCCAGGACCCAAGCCGAGGCUGAGGCGCAGCGGGCCAAGGCCGAGCUCGAGCGCGCGUGGGAGGAGAUGCGCGAGGCCUGGGAGCUGCGCGAGGACGACGAGGCCAAGCUGCGCCAGCUGCUCGCCCGGCUCGAGGCCCGCAACGCCGACCUCGAGCUGCGCGACCGCGAGCUGCGGGGCGACCUCGCCCGCCUCAGCGACGCCGAGACCGCGCUGGCCCACUCCCUGCUGCUCCACAAGCUGGUCUACAAGGCCUUCCACAAGGGCUUCCUCAACGACGAGGAGGACGAGGCCGACGACGACGCCCCGGGCAGUGCCGCGGCGGCGCGGCUCCACCCGGACCUCGUCGCGCGCAAGCAGGAGCUCAACGAGAUCGACUCCUUCGUACAGCGCAAGCGCCUCGAGCGCCUCGCCCGCGAAUCCAACAACCACCACCACCCCGCUGGCGGCCCCGGCCCCGACGCCGUGUCGGGCUCGGGCUCCGUGACCAGCAGCACCACGACCAGCGCGGCCUCGUCGCCGGCGUCGUCUCUGUCCCUGUCCCUCUCGAGCGAGGACCCGGCCUUGGCCGCCACCACCGCCACCACGUCGGCCUCGACGUCGUCGUCGGAGGCCACGACCACUGCGGCGGCUGCGGCGGCGGGUGGCGGAUCGACGAUUGCGCGAUCGGCGGUGGCAAGCGCCGCACAGGGCGCCGCCGAGCACCACCAGCAGCAGCCGCCACAGCCGCCACUCAACGCGAGCAGCGGCGGACUGGGCGGUGGCGAAGGUGGUGGAGGAGGAGGGCACAAGGUGGCAACGGCGCUGCAUCCGACGUCGGCGAUGAAGAAGGAGGGCGGCGGGUCGGGCGUGAAGGGCCGCGUGACGAUCGCCGAGGUGGUCAAUCCCAUGAGCGGCGCGCUCAAGGGCGGCGGUAUCAACCGCCCGCCGCCGCCGCGCUCGCCCAUGAAGAAGGCCCCCGCCGGCGAUGAGGCCUCCAAAGCCGCCAAGCUGAUGCCGCCGCCGCUGGCCCAUCACGGUUCUGCCCACGGCCACCCCCACGGACAGAGCGGGCAUGGAGUGCCCAAGCCCCCCGCACCGCCGCCGCCUCCGCCCCUCAUCCUCACUGCUCCCAGUGGGGAGGUGAAGAAGAGCAAGAUCGAGCGGGAGAUCGACGAGUACUGCGGGGAGGGCCUGAACGAGCACGAGGACGAGGACGAGAAGGUGCCCGUGGCCACCCACCGCCUGCUGCUCAAGCUGCGCGAGGAGAACUUCUUCGUGCCCACCGCCAACCGCGCCUUCAUCAAGACCUGCAACACCUUCCUCGUCAACAUCCUCAAGGCCAUCAGCUCCUGCGUCAAGGCACCCACCCUCUCGCCCACGCUGUGA